CAAAAUCAAGUUCCAAACUUCUUUCUCUUACGAUGAAGCUCUUAUGGAAAACUCACAUGAGGCUACAAGUGAUUAAACUAGUCUUUGCUCUCUUUGUGGUGACACUUCUGUGUCUAGCUGAGAGUAAAAAAGCUAAAAUUGUGACUGCUUCAUUUGAGUACAAUGGUAUAAAUUGUAGAGCACACAGUGCUUCUUCGACGGAUUUCGGCGGUGUUGGAGACGGAGUUACAUCGAGCACAAAGGCUUUUCAGUCUGCAAUUAGUAAUCUGAGUCAGUAUGGUUCCGAAGGUGGUUCUCAGCUCUUUGUUCCUGCCGGAAAAUGGCUCACUGGUAGUUUUAGUCUUACUAGUCACUUUACUCUCUAUUUGGAUAAAGAUGCUGUUCUUCUUGCUUCUCAGGAUAUAACUGAGUGGCCUGUGAUUGAACCAUUACCAUCAUACGGUAGAGGAAGAGAUGCACCAGCAGGAAGAUUCACAAGCCUCAUAUUCGGAACUAACCUCACCGAUGUUUUUGUCACAGGCUUGAGAAAGAAUCCGGGUUUUAUUUCAAUAUGAAAUACUUUGAGGAAAAAGUGCAGGCCGGUGAAUGGGAUGAAGUUGAGAAGUAUUUAUCAGGGUUUACCAA